CUCGUUGCAUGGUAGAAAGAAACGAUGAAGAUCUUUUUGCUGUGCUCAAUUGUAGCCUUGUUGGGGCACUUUCAAAUGGUCACAUAUGCUCAGAAAAUUAUUCUUAUCGCCCCUAGCGUCCUGCAAGUUGGUGAAGAGCACAAAGUAGUCGUCAGCGCCUACGGAUUUGGAGGUCAAACUGCGCCGGUACAAGUCAGAGUUGAGCUACCUCGUGGAAUGCCUCUCCAUCUAAGUCCCAUAACAUCUGUACCUGAUGGUGGAACAGUUGAAACGACUGUUGUUGUGCUCGAGAGAAAAAUAGCUAUCUUCAAACCUCCUCCAUCUUACGUUUUCGUAAAAGCUGAAAUAGACACGCCUACUCUGUCUUUUGUUCAAAGAAAGAGAGUAGUGUUGUCUAGGAAGUCACUAUCUGUGUUUAUUCAAACGGAUAAACCAAUUUAUACACGCGAUGACAGCGUAUAUCUUCGAAUUGUGGUGGUCAACAGUCAGCUUAUUCCAAAAAAUUUGGCAAAAGUUGUCAUAGAAAUAAAAAAUAACGAUACAAUUGUUGUUGAUCGAUUUGACUUGGAAACUACAUCCAAUAUCAUUAUUCGCAGACACGAAAUAGAUCUUGGACCGAGACCUUCGUUAGGGCAAUGGACAAUUACAGCAAAAUAUGGCAUCCAUAGCAAUGAGACUAGCCACUUUCACUUUGAAGUCCAAGACUACAUUCUUCCACGAUUUGUCAUAUCUAUCAUUCCGCCCAAUUAUGUAACGCCAGCUCAGCAAAACAUAGACUUUGCUGUUACAGCAAUGUACACAUAUGGUAAAGGUGUCGUUGGAACAGUGGCUACAAAACUUGGCGCUUGGGACGACGAUACUGGUGAAGUGACCGUAUUUCAUAAUGAGGUCUUCAGACUCAGUCCACAUGAAGGAGGAACAAAACGGAUUUCCACCCCAAACAGAGGAUACGGACUUUAUCCUUUAGGUCAAAAAUUGUGGGUUUAUGCUGCAGUUACCGAGCAGGCCACAGGCAAAAAGUUCAAUACGACUGACCUCUCCGUAAAAUUUACAACCAGCCCUUACACGCUUCAAUGCGAGACAACAAAGCCGUAUUACAAACCAGGGCUACCAGUGACAGGAAGUAUAAAAAUACUUUACUUAUCUGGAAAGCCGGCAGAAAAUAUCAAGCUUACUGUCAGAGAUGUUGCUGGAAACGUCCAUGAUCGUUCAACAGACAAAGAUGGAAUAGUCGUGUUUAGCUUCCCCACCAUACCAAAUGAAAAUGACUUCAAAGUAUCUGUGAGAAUUGCUGGUGAGCAAAUAUUAUCACACUGCUCUUACAAACCGUUUGAGAAACCAUGCAAUGAGAACAGUACUCACAUCUACAUCCGGUCAGCUACUCCUGGAAAGCUAAGAUCUUGUACUGCUUAUCCUGUUUCUCCAAUCAUCGAUCAGGCCAUGGGACUCGGUCACUCCACUCCUACCUUUUUGAGAGGCUUGAAGUGUUUGUGA